CAAACGUCAUUUUAUUACAAAUGUCUCGUUUUUCCUUGAUGUCAGUCUUUUGUGUUUUCGAUACUUAUUUAAUUAAUUUAUUCCUCUGUCAGUCAGUAAACUCGUUAAUCUAAUAACCUGAGAAAGAAAAAAAAUUGAAUAAGGUCAUGAUAGGUUAUUUGCAGCAAUAAAAGGAGAGUACUAAAAGUAUCAAAAUAAUGCCAUAAAGUGACUGUGUUUUCGAAUUCAACUCAAGAAUAUUGAAAUUAUGUGUUCCCCUUCUGUGUUAACGUUUUUUAGUCAGUGGCGCUUAUGGAUUAGGCCAUUCUUAAUUGCAAUUUACUUAAUUCUUAUCAUCGUAUUAGUACCUGUUCUUAUAGUUCGGUCAAUAAACAAUGGAUUUAAUGAAAAAGAAGAGGCAGCGCUCAUAGGCGGAGGGUUUGUUCUACUUGCUUUGCCUAUAUCCAUAUGGCAAAUAACUCAACAUAUUGUCCAUUAUACCAAACCAUCACUGCAGAAGCACAUUAUCAGGGUCCUAUGGAUGGUGCCAAUUUACGCACUGAAUGCUUGGAUUGGACUGCAGUUUCCUGAACAAUCUAUUUAUGUAGAUUCACUCAGAGAGUGUUACGAAGCUUACGUCAUUUAUAAUUUUAUGAAGUACCUCCUCAACUACUUGAAUGACGGUCAUGAUCUGGAGGCCUUGUUGGAGGUCAAACCUCAAGUUUACCACAUCUUUCCUUUAUGUUGUUUAAGUCCGUGGGAAAUGGGAAGAGAGUUUGUUCAUAACUGCAAACAUGGAAUUCUUCAAUAUACAUUGGUUAGACCAAUUACUACAGUGAUAUCAAUGAUAUGUGAAUUGGCUGGUGUGUACGGAGAAAGUGACUUCAGUCCUAAAGUGGCGUUCCCGUACAUGGUUGCGAUUAACAAUCUUUCGCAGUUUGUAGCCAUGUAUUGCUUGGUUCUGUUCUACAGAGCCAACAGGGCUGAGCUAAAGCCUAUGAAGCCCAUUGGAAAGUUUUUAUGCAUCAAAGCAGUUGUUUUCUUCUCAUUCUUCCAAGGAGUAAUUAUUAAUAUUUUAGUAUACUGUGGAGUCAUAUCCACUAUAUUUGGAAUAUCAGACAAUGGAGAGGUCAAACUUAUAUCUUCCAAGUUGCAGGAUUUCUUGAUUUGCAUAGAAAUGUUCCUGGCAGCAAUUGCUCAUCAUUAUAGCUUCUCAUACAAACCUUAUGUAUCACCUGAGAAUCCGUCGCCCUCUUGUCUUGGCUCUUUUCUGGCCAUGUGGGAUGUCUCUGACGUCAAAAGAGACAUAUCUGAACAUCUUGGAGUAGUUGGGAGUUCAUUUAGCAGAAGGCUCAGAGGAAAAUCUAUGUACCACAUGACAAGAGGUUGUGACGAAAGCUCAAGGUUGGUGAGCGAACCUACGUCAUCAAGUUCUGCACCCAAUCUGACAUUGGAACCUGAACUUCCACCGGUCGAAGUGAGGCCCACCACUUACGGGUCUAUUGAAAACACUCUCACCGGCUCCUCCGAAACUGACCCACUUAUCAGCACUGCCGAAGAUCGAGAAUCGAUCACACACGACCCUAAAGCGUGAAACGCAAACAAAAACACAUCACUGAAUCUAAUAAUCGCUUUGUGUGUAUUAUGAACUGAUAACAAUCAUCACAGAUAUGUAUUAUAAAAUAUGCAAUAUUUAGUUACUAAGAUGUAAAUAUUUAUAAAGUACAUUCCCUUGUUCAAUUUUAUUUCUACCAAAGUAACAAGAGUGCUAGUAUAAAAUUAUACAAGAUCAAAUUAUGAAUACAAAAAAAUCUCUAAUAUUUUAUCUUAAAAGUUGAAUCUUCAUUUCUUAUGUUUAUUUUUAUCUACUUAGGUUUAAUGUUAUGUAUUGUUAACAUAAAUUGUGAUAUUACACGGCUGCUGUGGUGGUAAUUGUAAAUAUUUGUUAAAGUUUAGAAAUAAAGUUAUUCUUUAUUAAAA